GGACUCUUCAACCCGGAUGUCCUGAUGUUGUCAGGUGUCAGCUGGUCAGAUAGAUAACGUGUUAACUUUAACUCACAUUGUUCCUCCUCUACAGCAGAGAGAUGUCGUUCUGCAGCUUCUUCGGUGGAGAGGUCUAUAAAGACCACUUUAAACCAGGGGUUUAUGUUUGCACCAAGUGUGAUCACCAGCUGUUCACCAGCCGCUCCAAGUACGAACACUCGUCUCCCUGGCCAGCCUUCACCGAGACCAUCCAUGAGGACAGUGUGUCUAAAGAUCAGGAGAGACCUGGGACAUUCAAGGUGCGAUGUGGGAAAUGUGGAAAUGGACUAGGCCACGAGUUCAUGAAUGACGGGCCAGCCAAAGGCAUGUCCCGUUUCUGAAUAUUCAGCAACUCACUGAAGUUCGUCCCUAAAGAUAAGGUCGAUGGACAGUAAGGUGAGCCGUUAGAGGGAAGUGCUGCUGGACUUGUAGAAGUGUCUCUGUGCUGCUGAAGGUGAGGACAGCGGAUGAAGAGUUCUGGGAUAAAGCCCGAUCUGGGAGCGCCAGGGCUCUGAUGAAUGAUGAUCACACUGGACAGCGAAUACAGAGCACUUCUUUCAACUCCUUUUUAUUAUGCAAUCAUCACCAUCUCAGGAUAGACUCAAUGAUUACACCGUCCCACCAAUUAUUUAUAACGAAUGAGAUUGUCUCAUGGAAAGAAUAAAUGAUUCUAUAAGCUAUUUAUUUACCUUCACAGUUUUGCCUGUAGUUCAUCUGCUUUCCCCAAACUGUCAAAGUAAAGAAACAAGCGUAGCAGUCUGUCAGAAAGAAAUAGCUUACAAAGCUGUGAAUCUAAGACUAGAAGAUGAUAUACAGUAUUUAUUCAUCAACAAUGGCCUUUAUCUACUCUUGAGAAGCUUUAUGCAAAUUAAUCACAAUGACUGAUAUGCAAACUGAAAUAAAUCUAUUUUAGAUUAAGAUAUCAGUGCUCUGAAUAUGAACUGAUGUCUGUAGCCUGUUCCUAUUUUUCAAAUAUUAAAGUAUGUUUUUUAAACUGAU